CGGAAGCACGCUAAUCCGAAGUGGUCCAGAAAAGUUUGUUUUUAAACGGAGAGUCUGCCCUAUAGCGUUUCCUUUUUCCUCACUGGAAAAAAAAAAAAAAAACUCCAGGGACAGAGCUUGCAUUAAACCACCGCAGAGACCAUUGUUAUAGCCUCGUAACGCAGAGAGGUGUUUAGAGGGAGCUUAUUUAUUGGCGGAGAAAACUUUGCGAAGGACAACAGAGCGACCGUUAGUACCGUUAAACUAACUAUCAGCGCUGGGAGACAUGAUGGAGACUCACAGAGACGAGUGUAAUAGAUUUUGACAAGAAAAGAGGACACUCUUCUCCCAAGGUGUCAGAAAUAAAGCACGUGUUUAAGGAGAUGGUGAAAAAUAAAAACAAUGCAGGGCGUCGCCUUUCCCUAUGCAAAACAAAAAACGGUGGCUCCAAGAUCACUGUCUGCGGAGGCUCGGCUCCGCUGGAUUGUCCACCUGACAGCAACGCUCACGCAGAUCCUCCAGAUACCUGUGGUCAGAGUCAACUGGGCUUCCCGGAUAAAGUCUACCUGCUGGCAUCAGUCAUCUUCCAGAAUAACCACCUAGAAAAGCCUGCUGAGCAUCGGUUGGUGAAUUAUGGCAAAGAGAGAGGGCUCCCAUUACCUGCAGUCAAAGAUGAGGGGAUGCAGCGCGCCGCGUACGAGCUGGCCUUCAAUACACUCAAAUAUCAGGAACUGCUGGAGGACAUGAUAAUUGACAGCUGCUUGUGUCUUUCUCAACCAAUGCCAGAUCAUCAGAUGAGCCUUGUUGCCAUCAUGCUCUGUGACUUCCAGGACAGGAAGUUCCUUCCACGCAGAUGGCGGGGAAAGGAGGAAAUUAUAAAGGAAGUCAGAGAUGUGGAAAUGUACCUCCUCAGGCUUAAAACCAAGCUGGCAGCCUCUCUGGCUCGCUGCAGGAUCAAACACGACCUCUUGUCGAUCGAAUGUAUCCUGCCGGAGAGUGUGAAGCAGAAGCAGGAGAGAUCAAGGAACCUUCCCCUGUAUGCGUGGGUCAACACACUGAAGAGCAGUCUUGAUGAGGUCCAGAGCGUGCUGAAGAGCGCAGGCUUCUCACAGGUGAAAUCAAUUGGGCAGUUGGAGGGCCAGACCUUCUGCCAGGAUCCCCACUGCAGGGACACGCUGGUGUUCCCUGCUCAGCUGAAGGUUCAGCUGUGCUCCACCAGGCUGCUCAGUGACCACAAACUCAUCGUCCAGGAUAAAUCACGCAGCCUGGUCUCAAACACAGUGCGCUCCCUGUUACCAGAGGAAGGAGAUGUUCUUAUGGUGGGCUACUUCUCUGGCCUCACCGUCUCCCACACCGCCUCCCUAAUUGCAGAGAAAGGCAACAGUAACAACCAGCACACAGUUUACGUAUGUGUCAGCAAUUGUACGGACGCUCAGACGGAGGAGCUACACCUCACCAUCUCCGCCAUGGGCUGCAAGAAUGUGAAGCUGAUGCGGGAGGUCUUCCAGUCUUUGGACGGUGGUGAAAAACAGCUCCAGAAAGUUCGCGUUAUUCUGUUAACCCCCAGGUGUUCUCUGUCUGCAGUCAGCAACCCAGUUGAGUUCAUACUGCAAGAAAAUGGAGACAGAGACCUCCUACUGGACCUUGCACACGCCUCCAUAGCCCAGAGCAAACUGGAAUCUCUAGUAGCUCAGCAGAGGAAGGAUAUUGAUCAUGCUUUGAAGUUCCCCAAGGUUUUGGCAGUUGUGUACUCUACCUGUUCAUCGUACCCGGAGGAAAAUGUGAAUGUCGUGAGCUCAGCCCUGGAGCGAGCCAAAGCCCGCUCAGACCAGAAGGGCGAACCGAAAAAAGCAAACUUCAGGCCACGUGUUUCCCCUUUCAGUUCAUCCAACCAUGCAGUGGCCGCAGAUGAAACAGACUCCUUCUUUAUGCUGGAGCCUUCGGAGAUCAACAAUGGCUGCUUUCUGGCUGUUCUUGACAGAGAACCUGAGCCGUUGGAGGGAGCUCAGGAUGUAAUUGCCAGAGCAAAUGCCAGAGGCUUACUGGACAAGAUCGGCUCCAGCCCGCCAACCAGAAAAGAGCACAACGGACAUCCCAACAGGACGAAGAAAGCAUCCCGUUCUCACCCCUCCCCGUCCCACCUGCCCGCCAGUAUUCCGUCUAAGACCAGAGCAGACCACCAGACCAAGGGCAGUAACAGUGUUAUUCUGUGUGGACACCGGGAAUUUACAAACGUGCGCCAGUCAUCGCAAGGAAGACAAAAAGCACUGAGCCUGCAAACCCUAAGGACCUCCGUGUCAAGCUCUUUCUCUUACUCCAAACGAGAAUGCGCCAGCUCCUCCUCCCCCUCCGCCUCCAAACAAGCAAGUAGCGCACCUCCCGAAAGCCUCACCCCUGAGUUCGACACGACUCCCGUCGCCGCGUCCCCGCAUCCCGCCGCUCUGCCUGCCAGCCCCGUGGCUCCAGCCGUCCGCCCCCGCAGAGCUCCUCAGGAGGUGCUGAAGCCCGUGCUGCUCGUCCUGCCCCCCGUUCACUUCCCCACCUUUUUCCCUCCCCAUCACAGCCAGAGAAGAUUCAGCCCCGGCCUCAACUACAACAAGUGGAAAACGCCGGACAACAUGGCCUCCCUCUCCCUCUCCCUCUCCCGCUCCAGCGGCGGCCUCUCCAAGGAUGCUCUGGAUAAACCACACCCGUUCUCUUCUCACACACACUAACACUAACUGAGGGAGUUUGGUGUCAAAAAAUAUUUAAUCAAAGUUAGUGGCAGCAAAUCUAAUAUCAUAAAUGUGUACGAUCUUAUUGAACUGCCAAAUUACAUUGUACAUUUUACAUUAAAUGCUUCUAGAACCAUUA